CCUUUUUCAUAAAACCAAUGUUUUUUUGUGAGCCACCUUCAAUUCAGUGUUUUUCAAGUUGUUUUACUCCGCUGAAAUAUCUCUACAAUGGCCAUGAUAGAUUCCCUACACGUUCAAGAUAGCAUACAGCAGCCGGAGGAGUUGGCAACCACCUCAGAGACUAACUACACUGAGUUCAACAUUUUCCGUGAUUACUUUGGUCUCCACACCAUUGUCAAGAGCAUAGCUGCAGAGAAUGCACCUCUGGACGAGUGCACAGAGUUCGAGGAGAGUGAGGAGCAGGAGAGCUAUGCCUGCAGACGAGACAGUUUGGACAGCUCCAGUUCAGAGUUUUCAUCCAACAGUCUAGAGUCUGUGGAAGUGGCCGAUAUUUGCUUCAACUACAACCAUGACGUGCGAGCUACACAAGCCUUCUCUGAGAUGGACAUGGAACCGCUGAGCCCUUUGGGAGGUCCCUUUGAAAUGGGUGCACCUAAGACCAACAUACCGCCCUCUCUGUUCCUGAGCCAUACCAAGUUACACACUAUCAAUAUUGCAGCUCAUCUAAAAAAGCCACAGGUAUGUGUGUUUUGUCGCAACAAUGGCGAGUCUGAGAGCUUCUACACCUCCCACUACCUGAAAGACUCUGAGGGCAAAGUGACAUGCCCUGUGCUGCGAGCCUACACUUGUCCCCUGUGUGGUGCUAAUGGAGACAAAUCCCACACGAUUAAGUACUGCCCUGAGAACAAGGAGAGUGGCAAGAACUACAAUGUAAAGAGGCCAAUUGUGACUGUCACACGCAAGAAGUAAAAUUUAUAUCAAUUGAAACAGCACAAGUAGAGAACUUCAGAAUGGUUCAGGCACAAAAAUCACAGGUUAUUUUUUAACUCUGUUCUUGUCUAUAUAGUAUUUGUAUUGAUGCCUCCUCCCUAACCCCCACCCCUAUAACUGCGACCUUAAUCUCUUACCUCCCCCAGUGGGAGUCUCAUUCAGUCACAUUCAAAUAUUGCCAACAUUUAUUAUCACUUAACAUAUUUUGUAUUAGAAUGUAUUUGAUAUACAUGUGCAUCACUUAUCUGUGUACUACAGAAUCACUGUUUUUUGUAGAGAUCAGCUUACAGAAUUACUAUAGUCAUCACUUCUUUAUCUGUCUUUUUAUAUUGACUGCUCUACAGUAUAAAACUCACAAUAAUUUAUUGCUAUGAAUUGA